UCUAUCCACUCUACAAAGGCACCCAAUAACAGCUCCUAAUAAUAGAAAUCAUUCAGGAUAGGAGAACUCCUAUUCAUAAUAGAAUUCAUACUCCUACUCUUCCUCCUCCUACUGAUAAUACAAGAAUUCAUACUCAUAAUCCCUUUUGCGGUCUGGCAGAGACCUCCCGGCCAAGAGGGAAUUCGCCCUCGCAUCACAAAGACCACUCCUUUUCCCUCCUACACUACGAAUUUCAGAGGAGGAAUUAUCUCUCCCUCUGAUUAAUCGAAUCAACAAUGGACCAGAAACCCCCGAUCGAUCCUUCAAAAACCGAGAAAGCCCUAAUGAACGGCUCUCACUCUCCGAGCUUUCUCUUUCACAACAACGGAUUUGGUUCGGUUUACGAUUUAUCGGAUAUAGAGAUGAUAACGAUACAGACGAUGACGUACACGAGUCUCAAGGACCUGUUACCGGCUUCUCCACCUGCGAUCACUUCCCCGACGGCGUAUAACUCAAGCUGGCACGAGAUACCGAUCAAGAAUCCGCUUCUGAAGCACGCUGCCUGGGCUUAUCUACAGCCGAUGUCGACUGCGACAGAGACGGAGGAGAGAGGUUUUUGGGGGAAAUUGAAGGAGAAGUGUUGUGGUGAAUGUGGGUGUGUGGGAUGGUUAAAAGACGUCAUUUUGAAGGUGUUUAGGGAAGUGUUCUGGGAGAGAGGAGGAGAGAUUGAAGAAGAAGAAGAAGAAGAAGACGACGACGACGACGACCACGAAAAGGUUGACUGAGGGAUGGAAUAGAAGGCUGGGAUUGUAAUCUCCACAAGAGCAGCAUCCGUCCUUGAAGUGGUGAAAGAUUUUAGAAUCUCCCAGUAUUAUCUCUCUUCUGGUAAACAUUGAAAUCUUCUUAGCAGCUGUGUGGCAAUCUUCACAUAAUCUCACGUUUUUUC